AUGACGUUCGGAACUCAAGUGCCACCAAGCCAUCGAAUUUCGAAUAAAGACAGCUUUCAUCGCAAAAAUAAAGCCAAAAAGGCUCCAAGAUUUCGGAACGAUCGCUCUGUGAGAGCAAAACAAGUCCAUCAAGAUCCGACAACGACUGCCUUCGAUGAGGAACUUUCCACCUCUGUUAGCAUUCCACGUCGACGCCGAAGCGAAAACAGAGUUGACUCGGCGGUAAAUAUUCCGUAUGCGGGAGCAAAAUUUAGCAGCCCACCACCUCCGAGCGAUCUGCCGAGACCACCAUCGCACUGGAUAAGUUCUCCUAUCCACAAAUUCGACAUGGACGUAGUAGCGAUGUCACAACAUCUUCGUAUGUUACUCGGAGUCGAGUCGUAA